AUGACGAAGAUAGAGGAUCUGCAAGCACAUACUGCUUUAUCUGAUGAGCUGAAGUCCUUGAAGCAAAAGCUGAUCGAGACAGAGAAGGUCGCUGUGAAGACUUUAGCCGCGACUGAAGAAUCCAUCAGAGCCGAGUUUAUUUCAAAUGUUGUGAAACUUCAAGGUUGCUCAUGUUCUCGGAUAGCUGAUUCUAUAAAGAAUGACAGGAGUACGGCUGAUGCUCCUGAAAUGCAGAGAUCAGCGGAGCUUUAUGAAGAUCUCAUAAAGUGUUGUGUUGCAGAUGCAAUGGGUGAGUCAGCUCGGGAUGAACUCCUACGAAGAUUUGUUAAGCUCAAGCAAGGAGGGCAAACAGUUGAUGAGUACGAGGCCGAGUUUUCUUCUUUGAGCCGAUAUGCUCCCCACUUGGUUACAGACCCUACGAUUAGAAGGCAUCAGUUUCAGAAGGGUCAGGACAAGUACAUUAGGAUGGCUCUGGCAGGUAGAGCCUUGGUGACCUAUGAUGCGGUACUAGAUGUAGCACGCGAGAUUGAGAGCGUGCAUAAGGAACCUGAAGACUCUCACGUGAUUCAGAGCAGGACACCAGCAGCUCCGGCUCGAAAUGUCGAGCGUCCCCCUUCGAGACAGCAGCAGCAGGAUCAACAGAGGCAGCAGCAUUCCCAGCGUCAACCAUCUCAUCAGACUCACCCUUAUCAGCGUCCUGGAGAGAAGUUUCAGAGCCAGCCUUUGGUGAAGUGUUCUUAUUGUAGCCAUGCCGAGCAUAUUCAGCAAGAUUGUCCCAGACGUCUUCGUUUGUGCUUCACCUACUGGUCCCCCGGUCAUCUCAGUCGGGACUGUCCUCAGCAGCAGCAGGCUCGUUUGCCCCCACCUCCAGCUCGGGCAGCUCUUUCAGCUCUACCUCGACCAGCCCCGGCAGCACUACCUCAACAUAGAUCUUAUCCUCGAGCAGGGCCACUUCCCCUACAGUAA